AUGAAAGGGCUCGAGGAGUGGCUCGCGUCGUCAUCGUCAUUGGAUGAUUCAAACAAUGCGGACUUCGUAAGUGCGCCGCCAGUGCGGGGCGGCCGCGGCGGGGAGGGGGCAAGCAGCACGGAUGCCCGCACACGUAAUGAGGAAAUGCGGGAGCGCAUGCGAAACCUGUUGGGGGACCGCGUCGUGAAGGCCGUUGUGGAGGAAACAAGUGGCGUGGGAAAAGCAGCCGCGCCACAGUCUGUCAGCACCGCCGACAACUAUUAUGUAGAGGAGGACGGGAGUCGUCGUGGUGACAGACAUCACGAGAAGAAUAGCAGAGGUGGCAGCAACAGGUGCAUUCGUCCUUCAUCGCGAGAGUAUCGCCGUGUGGAGGUUAUGGUUGUCGACCGCGGAACUCAAACGACAUCAACGGUUGGCUGCCAAACGGACCCCGUAGAGAAUUAUGCACCCUACAUGGGAUACCCACUGACUCAUUGCUGCACCUGUAGCUGCGGAAAGCGGCGCCCUGGUGGCGGCAUGCUGCCGCGUGAAGAGUACUCGGGUGAACCGCCUCUUCGGUUCAAGGAACAGUUAGACAUGAUAAAGAAUUCCAUAGAUAUUAUGAUUGCACGAUACAACCUUCCACCGCCUCCUUUACCCCGUGUAGAAUGA